ACACAGUCCCCAGAAAGGAACCACACUGCUGGUGGAGCUCUUGUGCUCUUCUAAAAGUGCAGAGCACGUUCUAGAAGAGUCUCCAACGGCUGCGAUUGGUUAGGCACCGGCACUCGCGCUCGGUGAAGCCAUACGUCACGAAAGUAACCAGGAAACCACGCGAUGUUUGGAGAGACACAAGUGCAUCUGUUGCUAUCAUUGAGUUAACUGUUUAGGUAUUAGCCGGGCAGUAGUGCUAGAUAACACUGUUAUCCAUAUCGUGGUCCGACGAAGAGAAACACUGCUAAAACUGUGGAUAUGCAGCCUGCAACAGCUAAGUGGUAUGACAGAAGGGACUCUGUCUUUGUAGAAUUCUGUGUGGAGGACAGUAAAAAUGUGCAAGUAAAGUUUGACACCUCAAAAUUUGAUUUCAGCUGUUUGAAUGGAUCAGAUAAUGUCAAACUCCAGAAUACGGUGGACCUAUUUGGGGAGAUUGACCCCAAAGCAUCCAGACACAGACGCACUGACAGAUCUGUGUUGUGUUGUAUACGAAAAGCAGAGGCAGGGAAAUCAUGGCCGCGACUUACCAAAGACAAGACAAAGUGCAACUGGCUGAGUGUGGAUUUCAAUAACUGGAAAGACUGGGAAGAUGACUCGGAUGAGGACUUGUCAAGUUUUGACAAAUUUUCAGAGAUGAUGAACAGCAUGGGAGGAGAUGAUCUACCUGAGUUAGAUGGUGCAGAGGAAGAGCAUGAAUCUGCAGACAGUGACGAUGAAAAAAUGCCUGACCUUGAGUAGAGGAAUACAGAUGCCACCUCAGUAGUAAAAAGCGAGUUAUGUGUCCAUUGAAGAGAGACUAGACAUGAGUUGGCAGUCAUGUUGGAGAAGAAACCUCACUUCUCUCUCUACGCAGUUUCCAAAGCGAAACCCUACGAGGGAGUGACCGUCAGACACAGACAGGCACAGAGAACCAUAGAGACGUACAGUGCUGUGCUUUGCUGUUCUGUUCUGCAUGGACAAUUCUGUUCAAAUGAAAAUGUUAUGUUUAUUGACUUAAAUGACUGUAAUGGGAUGUGCUGAUGUCUUACACCUUUCUCUCACUUUUUUCCCUUUUUUUUUCUUUUGGCGAUGUCAGGUUAUGUAUUGAACAUUGUGAUUUCUAACUAGAAAAUAGUUUCAAAAUGCCUAUUUUCCAAAAAGUAGAUUUUUUAAUGACAGAUUUCCCCUUUAAUGUUUGUAUUGUAAAAAUGCACUUGUUUUUUUGUUAUUUUAAAAAAGCAGUUACACCAGAAAUGGUGAUUUCUGUGUAUGCCAACACCUGCAAAUAUUUAAUAAUUUCAUUUUUUAACAUUCUUCAGCAUUUAAAGUAAACUGAUAUGCUUGUGCAAUUUACAGCUUGUAUUGAGAUUAUAGGAUAAGAGGGGCAAAACCUGCAUAUAGUAAAACCUUUACAAAUGUGCAUGUUUCUGCCAGUGUUCAAAACAUUGCACAUUUUAGCAGGUAUAAACAAAAGUGUGAUAUCUUCCAGAGGUGAGGGCAGAAAUUGUAUGUGGCCUACCAAGAUUUCCCAAAUGGUUAACAGAUUAUUACUGUUUGUCACUAGAACAAUGCUUUGGAGGCUGGUGUUAAAUGCAGCACGUGUUGAACACUUUUGGGCUUGUCUAAUUCUGUUUGAGUUUGAGUUAACGUUUCUAAUAAACAGUUUCAGACCCUUGAAUACAA